AUGAUAUAUUAUAAAAUGUUUAUUCCGGUAAUACUAUCGCUGGUAAUAGCCAUAUGUGCGGCGCCGGCACUGAUCACCGGCAGUCCCUUUAGUGACCCCCACUUUAAGGACAACCGGUCAGUGAUUGUACACCUAAUGGAGUGGACGUACAACGAGAUAAGCAAAGAAUGUGAACUAUUUCUGGGGCCCUAUGGGUACGGAGGAGUACAGGUGUCGCCCGUAACCGAGGUGGCAGUCCUACCACGUAGGCCGUGGUGGGAACGCUACCAACCCGUCACAUAUGAGAUCAAUGGCCGGUCGGGUGACGAGAAAGCGUUCGCCGAUAUGGUUGACACAUGUAAUAAAGUCGGGGUUAGGAUCUAUGUUGAUGUGGUGCUCAACCAUAUGACUAUGGCUGAGCAAGGGGUAGGCACAGCUAAUCACACUUACAACGGCAAAGAGUUCAAGUAUGAUGGGGUGCCGUACACUCACCUGGACUUUCAUCAACACCCGGCCUGUCCCACACCGGGAGACAAUCUGAACAUCCGGGACGAUAAGUACGACGACCCGAUUGAGGCCCGCAAUUGCCAAUUGGGAGGACUCCGGGACUUGGAUCAGGGUCGGGAUUGGGUGCGACAGAAACAGGCACAGUUACUCAACAAACUGACCUCGCUCGGUGUGGCCGGUUUUCGAUUGGACGCGGCUAAAGAAAUGUGGCCAGGUGAUUUGCACAAUAUUACCACCCGUUUGACCGCGUUGAACACAAAAUACUUUCCUGCUGGCAGUCGACCGUUCAUUUACAACGAGUUCAUAUCGGGCGAAAAAGUUAAGGCUACAGAGUAUACGCCGUUGGGUCGGGUGAUCGAGUUCAAAAACUACGACAAUUUGGCCAGGGUGUUUCGCAAGUUGGGCGACAAACGACUGAGCUAUUUGCGUAACUAUGGACCGGGCAAACAGGGCUGGGGUAUGUUGCCAUCGGACGACGCGUUGGUGUUUGUGGACAACCACGACGUCCAACGCGGACACAUUGGCGACAUCACUGUUACGCUCACCUACUUUGACGCCCGGCUACUGAAAAUGGCCACCGCUUUCAUGCUUGCCUGGCCUUAUGCCGUGCCUCGCAUUAUGAGCAGUUACUACUGGCCCAGGAAUGUUCAGAAAGUGAACGAUCAAUACAAAGACUUAAACGAUUGGAUGGGUCCGCCACACGACUCACAGGACCGGAUAGUAGGGGUUCAACGUAUGCCAGACCUGAGCUGUGAUCCCAAAGUGUGGAUCUGUGAGCACAGGUGGCGUCAGAUCUAUAAUAUGGUUAAGUUUAGAAAUACGGCCGGAUUUGAACCGGUGUUCAAUUGGUGGGAGAAUAAGUACCACUCGAUUGCCUUCAGUCGCGGCCACAAAGCCUUCAUAGCCAUCAACAAUGACGACCACCCCAUCGAUCAACAGCUCAACACUGGACUCCCGGCCGGCACUUACUGUGAUGUCAUAUCAGGCAAUAUUGUUGGGCUUGUAAUAGCCAUAUGUGCGGCGCCGGCACUGAUCACCGGCAGUCCCUUCAGUGACCCACACUUUAAAGACAACCGAUCAGUAAUAGUACACCUCAUGGAGUGGACGUACGCAGAGGUGGCCAAAGAAUGUGAGCUAUUUCUGGGCCCCUAUGGCUUUGGAGGGGUGCAACUGUCACCGGUAACUGAGGUGGCAGUGCUAGACCGUAGGCCGUGGUGGGAACGCUACCAACCCGUCACAUAUGAGAUCAAUGGUCGGUCGGGUGACGAGAAAGCAUUUGCAGAUAUGGUCGACAGAUGUAAUAAAGUCGGGGUUAGGAUCUAUGUUGAUGUGGUGCUCAACCAUAUGACUAUGGCUGAAGAGGGUAAGGGCACAGCCGGUCACACCUACAACGGCAAAGAGUUCAAGUAUGAGGUGCCUUACAGUUACCUAGACUUCCAUCAACACCCGGCCUGUCCCACACCGGGUGACAAUCUGGACAUUCGUAAUGAUAAGUACGACGACCCGAUUGAGGCCCGCAAUUGCCAGUUGGGAGGACUCCGGGACUUGGAUCAGGGUAAAGAGUGGGUGCGACAGAAACAGGUGGAUUUUCUCAACAAAAUGAUCGCCCAUGGUGUCGCCGGUUUCCGGUCCGACGCCAGUAAACACCAAUGGCCUCAAGACCUGCAGAAUAUCACCGCCCGGUUGACUAAUUUGAACACCAAGUACUUCCCGGCCGGCGCCCGACCCAUGCUCUACCACGAGUAUAUAUCGGGCGAGAAAAUUAAGGCCACAGAGUAUACGCCGUUGGGUCGAGUGAUUGAGUUCAAAAACUACGACAAUUUGGCCAGGGUGUUUCGCAAGUUGGACGGAAAAAUGCUGAGCUUUGUGCGUAACUACGGCGCCGGACCCCAGGGCUGGGGUAUGCUUCCCAGCGAUGACUCCCUGGUUAUGGUCGACAGCCAUGAUCUACAACGCGGACACACCGGCGAUAUCACUGUUACGCUCACCUAUUUUGACGCCCGCCUAUUGAAAAUGGCCACCGCUUUCAUGCUUGCCUGGCCUUACUCUAUACCUAGAGUUAUGAGCAGUUACUACUGGCCCCGGAAUGUACAGAAAGUAAACGAUCAGUACAAAGACCUAAACGACUGGAUGGGUCCGCCACAUGACGCUCACGACAACAUCGUUGCCGUCGAGCGUAAGCCAGACCUGAGCUGUGAUCCCAAAGUGUGGAUCUGUGAGCACAGGUGGCGUCAGAUCUAUAAUAUGGUUAAAUUCAGAAACGUCGCCGGUUUUGAAUCGGUGUCCAACUGGUGGGAGAAUAAAUACAAUUCAAUUGCCUUCAGUCGCGGCAACAAAGCCUUCAUAGCCCUCAACAAUGACGACCACCCCAUCGAUCAACAGCUCAACACUGGACUCCCGGCCGGCACUUACUGUGAUGUCAUUUCAGGCAAUAUAGUCGGUGGCAAAUGUGAGGGCAGGCAAGUAGUGGUGGGAACGGGAGGAAUGGCACACAUAGUGGUGGACAACAAAUGGGAAGACCCGAUGAUUGCCAUACAUAUUAACGCUAAACUUUAAAACUUUGUAAUACAUGUCUGUUAUUAAAUA